UAAAUUUCAAACAAAAAUUCAUCAUAAUGUGCCCCUUAUGUGUUUAGAUAAGUACACAUUAUGUGUGUUAAAUUGUCUUCUACAGAAGAAGUUUUUUUCUACACAAAAAAACAAUUGUUUCCAAUCACCCUGAUAAGAAAAAGGUUAUAUUGACAAGCCAUGUACAACGGAAAUCAGAAGUUGUAUCUUGUUUUUAACUGAAAAUACCUUAAAAACAAAAACAAAUAAGAUAAAAAUUUUCAAAAAAUUCAUAUGAAUGCCAUGAAAGUUGAAGAUCGAAUUCGAUCAAAGAACCGCAAUGGGUCGAAUGUGCUGGACCAUUUUUCUCAUACCUCUUCUGAUCGAAAAUUCAUUGAGCAAGUCUGCCAAUGUAAGAAUUGUAAAUGGAAAAAUUGCAACUGCAGGAGAAUUCACCUAUCAGUUAUCUUUACGUCGAAAUAGCAAACAUAUAUGUGGAGCCUCAGUUUUAAAUAAUCAAUGGGCCAUUAGUGCAGCUCAUUGUGUUGAGAACAAAAAGAAUACCUACUCCAUUAGGGCUGGAACUCACAAAAGAACAUCUGGUGGAACUAUAAUGAAUGUAAAAGAAAUACUUAUUCACCCUCAAUACAAUCCGGAAACAAUGAAUUAUGAUGUGUCACUGUUACAAACUCAAAAUACAUUACGAGGUGACUUCAUAACACCUAUAGUUUUGCCUGAUGCAACACAACCAAUUUUACCAAAUGUGCCAGCUGUGGUUUCUGGAUGGGGACACACAAGUUCUGCCGAUGAGACAUUACCAGAGGAACUCAAAUAUGCCCAAGUAUACACAUUAGACCAACAAGAAUGUGCAAAUAUGCUUAAGGAUUAUGGUGUCAUCACAAAUGCAAUGUUUUGUGCCUCUGAGGAACAGGUUGAUGCAUGUCAAGGAGACAGUGGAGGACCACUUAAUCUAAAUGGAGUCCUAAUUGGAGUUGUUUCUUGGGGAAUUGGCUGCGCUGAUCCUGAUUUUCCAGGAGUUUAUACCAGAUUGGCAUAUCCGCCGGUGCGAAAUUGGAUAAAAAUUACAACAAAACUAUAGUUUUAAAAGAACAUUUUAAAUAAAAGUAGUUUUCAGUUUUUUUCUUA